UCACACUGAUAUCUUUGUUGAAUGUGAUGAGAGUUGUUCUGGGACCAACCCCAUUUGCUGUGAGGAUGUUAGCCGAAUCUAACGUAGCCCUGCAUCGUCUAAAGGAAAUCAUGAUUCUGGAAAGGAUGAGACCAAACGAGGUGCUGGAAGAUAGCAGUGACAACAUGUUGGAGAUAAAAGGUGGUACGUUCGGCUGGGAUGCUAUCACAACUGAGAAUUCAGGAGAGAUGGAGAUGGAGAGGGGACCGAGAAGGGAACGCCACAAUAAAGAUGGGAAAGACGAUUUGGAAAAGAGAGUAGAAAAUGGAAAAAGCCCAGAUAAAGGUAUAAACCCAGAUCAUUCUAAUUCAUCGAAUGGCCACCUGACUUCGGAAAAUGGCGUAUCAAGCUUUAAGUCAGCCAAAAUCACACCAGCUCUUUUUGAUCUCGACUUCAAACUCAAGAAGGGGACUUUGAAUGGUGUAUGCGGUCUGGUCGGAAGCGGUAAAUCCUCUCUCAUCUCCGCCAUAUUGGGUGAAAUGGAGAAGAUAAGCGGAAGCUGCAAGGUCAAAGGUCGAUUCGCGUACGUGGCCCAAGAGGCGUGGAUUUUCAACGCAACGGUACAAGACAAUAUCCUCUUCGGUAAGAAAAUGGAUGCGAAGCGGUACGACGCGGUGUUGACCGCAUGCAGUCUCAAAACGGAUAUGGAGAUACUCAUGGAUGGCGAUCAGACCGAGAUCGGCGAGAGGGGGGUCAAUCUUAGUGGUGGUCAAAAGCAAAGGAUCAGCUUAGCCAGAGCCGUAUACGCUGAUCACGAUGUAUAUCUCUUGGACGAUCCGUUGAGCGCCGUCGACGCCCACGUCGGUGAACAGAUUUUCAACCGCUGCAUCAAGGGAGCCCUCAAGGAUAAGACAGUCCUCUUCGUGACGCAUCAGUUACAGUUUCUUCAGGACUGUGACACGAUCUCGGUCCUAAUAGAAGGAAGACUAGCCGAGAAGGGAACACAUCGUACGCUGAUGGAUGAGGGUGGUGAGUACGCUCGGCUCAUCACGGCGCAUUACACCAAACCACAGGAAGAAGAACCACCGAAGGCUGAGGAACCGAUGUCACCAAAACUUAAACGACGGAUCAGUCGUCAUAAAUCAAUCAGCCGCAGCGUGACUAGUGAGGUGGAGGGUGAGAGUAUGAAUUCAAUCGAAGAAGUUGGACAGCUGACCAAGGCGGAGGAGACUGGCGAUGCUAAGCUGAGCUGGCAAUCAUAUCACGGAUACAUUCAAGCGAUGGGAGGAUACUGUAAUGCUAUCGUGAUCGUUGUAUCAUAUUUCUUUGUGAUUGGUCUGUUGACGGCGAACACGUGGUGGCUUAGUUAUUGGAUUGAAACCAGUUUGAACAGACCAUACAAUGAGACUCUGGGUGAUCCUAUACCAACUCUGGUCAAUGAUCCUCGAUUAGGAUUCUACAUGGGAAUCUACGGUGGAUCACUGUUGGUCAUCUUGAUCUUAGCAUUACUCAAGAGCGUUGUCUACUCAAAGUUGACGAUGCGCGCAUCAUCCAGAUUACACAACACACUCUUCAGUAAAGUGCUGAGAAGUCCAAUGAGUUUCUUCGAUACAACCCCGACAGGAAGAAUUCUCAACAGGUUCUCGAAGGAUAUGGAUGAGUUGGACGUCUUGCUCCCGAUCAACCUCGAAUUGUCUUUGAUGAGCCUCUCGUUGAUCACCGCCUCUCUCUUAACCAUCUCCGCGGUCUUCCCGUACUUCCUAGCCGCCGUCGUCCCAAUCCUCAUCGUCUUCUAUCUCAUCAUGAACUUCUACCGGAGGGGCGUCAACAAUCUGAAGCAAAUCGAGAACGUUAGCCGAUCACCAUGGUUUUCACAUAUCGGCUCGACGGCGAUGGGAUUGACGACCAUCCAUGCUUACGAUAAAACCAAAGAAAUGAUCGAUAAGUUCAUCUACCUUCUCGAUAUCAACGCCCACCCGAUGAUGUUGUUUCGCAUGGCUAGUCGAUGGGCGGGAGCUCGACUCGAGAUCCUCGUCGUCCUGAUCGUCACCGGGACCAAUCUCAUGGCCGUCCUAACCAAAGGUACUCUUUCGACGUCGACUGCUGGACUUGCCAUCUCGUACGCGAUACAGUUGACCGGUAUGUUCCAGCUUUUAAUGAGCACACUGGCUGAGACGGAAGGAAGAUUCUUCUCGGCAGAAAGAAUACUUGAAUAUAACAGGUCACUCGAGGAUGAGGGGCCGGAAGUGGUGCCGGAUAACCGACCUCCCAAGGACUGGCCAAGUGAGGGUGCAAUCCGAUUCGACAGCUAUCGGAUGAGAUAUCGUGAAGAGCUCCCUCUGGUUCUAAAGAAUGUCAAAUGCAAGAUUCGGGCCGGGGAGAAAAUCGGCAUUGUUGGUCGCACCGGGUCAGGUAAAUCUACGAUCAGCGUGGCGUUGUUCAGGCUCGUAGAAGCCGAUGACGGGCAGAUAACCAUUGACGGUCUCGACAUCAGUACGAUUGGCCUUACCGAUCUACGAUCUAAGAUUUCAAUCAUUCCUCAGGACCCAGUACUCUUCAUCGGGACUGUCAGGUACAAUUUGGAUCCGUUCAGUGAGCGAAGUGAUAAGGAAUUAUGGGAGGCACUGGAGCAGGCAUACAUGAAAGAUAAGAUUAGUGUUCUCGAUCAUCAGUUGGAAGCUCCCGUUACCGAGGGAGGAGAUAACUUCUCUGUGGGAGAGCGGCAACUUCUCUGCAUGGCCAGGGCUCUUCUUAGAAACAGCAAGAUUUUGUUCUUGGAUGAGGCAACGGCAGCCAUUGAUACUGACACUGAUAGCCUGAUACAGCAAACGAUAAGAACAGCAUUUAGUAACUGUACCACUCUUACUAUAGCUCAUCGACUCAAUACAGUACUUGACUCAGAUAGAAUACUCGUCAUGGACGAUGGAAGGGUUGCUGAAUUCGAUACCCCUUCUACCUUACGAAGCAAUCCAAAUUCUAUAUUCAGUGGAAUGGUGGCUGCAGCCGAGGCACAAAAAGAUGGAAUUGUGGCCUGAAGUCAACGACUACAAUUGGACUAAAUUUGUAUUACUAUUCUGUAUAAUAUUUUCGUAAUAAUCAUAUGAGACAUUUAAUGAUUUUGUGUGAAAACAAUGGUGCUUUCGAUGAUUAAUUAGGGAACAUUGAUGGAAAUGAGAGACCUCGCAAAGUUUGUUUUAUUAUUUCAUGAACGAAAUUAUUUUGUAAUUGUAAACAUUUGUAGCAAAAGUUAAUUUAAACGCAUUUAAUAUUUAAAAGUAUAUAUAUAUAUAUACGGUGUUAUUAUAUAAAGCUUUAUAGAUGUGUAGUGAAGUUGAUAAGAGACUGGGCUGAAAUAAUUGGUGCAAUUUUUUAUUUCAAUGCCAAUUUAUCCUACUUUGGUGUUUGAACUUUGAAAUUAACAUGCGAAUGGUCUUUGGUUGAUGAAAUGAGACCAUUUUGUAAUUUCCCUUGAUUAAUUAAGUAAGAAAUAGUAGAUUACAUUACUAUGUGAAUAAAGUGUAGAUUAUUGUGGUGAACGUGCCGACGAUGGCCGAGAUCUUCUCGACGGGGGCGGAUAUUCCACCCCCGAUCGAUCCCUCCCUCGCCCCCCCCCCCCUCCUCCUCCUCCCUGGCGCGGCUGUGAGAUGGGUCAAAAAUCAAGCGUAACUUGUAAGUAUAAAGGCAACCACACACCUUACCAUUGGUCUGCGACCCGAUUCUAGAAUAAAACAUGAUAAAUUUUGAGGUGAAUGUUAAGACAUGGAACAUCUUACUAUGUUAAGUUCUGAAUCACGAAUAUUUAUUUUCAAAUCUGUGACUAUGCCACCAUCCUUAUCGGAAUAACAGCGAAUUGAAUGUCUAGUCGUAAUUACAUCAUAUUAAUCGUACGAUUGCCCAAGAUUUAAAACCGAUUUGGCAUUUACUCCAAAAUAAAGGCUUGUAAGAUAUCAAAAAUUCUUACAUUAGUAUUCUUACAGUCAAUUUAAACUGCAAAUAAAAAGGUAUUUUUUCACAUUUUUCAGAAAAUAAGCAAAAUGCGAUUUGUCCCAUAAUCGGAUUGUGGACGCGGAUGCAUUUAGGCAAACCAUGUACAAAAAAGUAUUACCCCAUCGUUAACCUACACCAGGGCCCGCUAACAUAAAGAAUAGUGAUUGAUUCUGAUGCUGAUAUGUACGUUUGAUCACAUUGACUACUGUGUAUGAUCAAUGAUAAAAAUUAGCCUCACAGCUAAUCACUGAGAUUUAUGUGACAGGGGACAAGUUCUAUGGCAGAAAAAAAAUUGUCGUUAUGAAUCAUUCGUGUUUUUAUUUUUGUUGUCUCUCGCUUCUGCCCUCGUGUAAUAUUAUGAUCCUCAUCAUGACAGAUUACUCUAUAAUCUUGUUUCAUAAUAAUAAUAAUGAUACAAUGAUUUACAAAUAUAAUUGAUUUAUUAGACAAUCAUUUUAGGAUGUUUCGGCAUAUUACUGAAAAAUCGAUCUUGCAAAGAAAUGCUGCACAAUAUUUUAUUCUGUCAAACAAGAGGAUUAAAUCCUCUUGUAAAUUUGAUUUGGUCUGACCAUCUCAUCUCUCUGUUGAUUAUUUCACUGCAUGUUGCAUUGGGUAUAUGUUGUUGUGUUUUGUAUUUUGUAUUUCAUUUUGCAUUAAAAUAUGUUGCAAUUUAGCAAUUGCAAUGAAUGCUGCUUUUUGUACGCUGUACGUUGUGAUUUUUGAUGAUAUAAAAUGUAAUUGAUAAAUUAAAUAUGGUUCUCUAAAAAUUCAA